AGACUUUUAUUUAGACAAGGUUUUGCCCACAAUUCAAAGUGACAGUAACCCGUAUUGUCUGUUAUUGAGACGAGAGUAACAUUGGACGCUGAUCAGGAGACGAAAACAACACAAUAAAUAAGGAUGGCGGAACCUGCAAAAGCCUGUACAAGAAAACUCAAACCCCGUUUGUCAAAUAAGGAGCGUUUUCACUGUGUCACUGCAGAGAUUAACAUCUCACAGUACCCAGCAUUAAAAGACUGGCUUCCGAGUCAUCAUGAAUAUCACAUCUGUGAUUACAAAGCCAUACGGCAGACACAGGAUCACAUAGAUUUUGCCACCACCAUUAGAAUGUCUCUGUCUACUAUUGAAGAAAUUCAGCAAUUUGUUAAAGACUUGCCCAUCACUUGGAGGAUUGACAGAACUAGACCACCUAAGGGGCAAAGAGUUCUUUUUAAGGUGGAUUAUAGAUGCCACCACAACACAAAACCAAGGAAGAGUGCUGAAGGUUCUGGACGACGGACAAAAAACACAAACUGCCCUGCAAAGAUGGCCGUAACUCUCCAGCGCCCUCAAGCAAGCAGUGGCAGGCAGUGUCGAAGCACAGAUCCUCACAUGCCGAGCUUGCCGACAAUAGUGCACAUUACCAAUGAGCACAAUCAUAACAUACACAUAGGGGAUGCCUUACGAUACAAGGAUGUUGGAGAAGAGGCCAAACAAAAGCUGAAAAAGCUUUUUGAAGCAGGUCAUUCACCAUCAACAGCUCUGGAUGUUUUAAAAUAUGAUCUCCAGCUUGAACAUGGAGAUAAGUAUCCAAAUGCAUCAGCUGAUCGAUCCAUCUGUCCUGAUCUUCAGUUCUGCUACAGAUUGUACCACCAAGUUUCUAAACAGGAUUUUGCAGCUUGUGAAGGGGCAGGAAUGGCAGAGGCUUUGGAGAGGCAGAUUGACAUGUACAACAACCAGUGCGGUGACCAGUGCACCAAACUGACCACUGUGUCUGUGAGUCCACCCUCCACCAUUCCUCCCAACCCAGACCCAGUAGACACCUCCCAACCCGAGGAAGAUGAUUCUACGCAGACAUGUGUGAUGGAGCAGGAGGUGACCAAGGCAGCAGAAGGUGCAGAGGCUGCCAACCCUGUGGACAAGUUAAAAUCCAGUUUAGCCGAUUUAUGUGAGCUUGUAGAGAAAGACUCGAGUUUAUGGCCUGCUGCACACGACUUGAUAAAGGGAAUCGAAAAGGUCCAACACAGCCCAGCGAAGCUAGCAUCAGCCAUGCAUGCAUUUGGCUGCUACAGCUGUAUGACAUUAAUGACAAAAAGGGCUAAACCCUUACGGAGGCGUACACAGACCUCGUCAGUGGCCCGACAGAAGGCCAAACUUGGGAGGCAUCGGCUCGCUGCAGGAAGAGCAGGCAAGACAUCAGUGCCUGAUCAUGAAAAUGGUCAGCCAGAAGACAGACAGUGAUGCUCAGGGCCGUACUGCUUUGCAUAGUAUGUGGCACAAUGUAAAACCAAUGCUAGUUUUCUGUAUGCCUGUUGUAGCCCCUAACCCCUCUGCCCAUGGAGAGGUGCGGAUGCUCUUAGUGCCCACCAGCUGCUCCUCGUCCUCUGAUCAUGCCUAGGCCUCAGUGCCACUUUGUAUAAUUGUAUAUUGUUAAUUGUAUAUAGUUGUUUUUAUGAUCCCAUAUUAAGUGACCAGGUGUUAUUGUCUAUAGUUCUUUUUACAAACCUGUUCAGAAUUACCUGUUAUCUGUAGUUAUUUGGCUUGCCAAAGUCAUCUUGCUGUUUUUUUAGUGACCUAAGCUGAUAGUACAUGAACGCUUUUGUUUUAGGACAUUUCCUUAUUCAUCUGAUUUUCCACUUAACUGCUGGGCAGAGACUGUUUAAACUGCAAAGCUCUAAAGGUGCAGUAUCCACCCCACAUGAAAUGAAGUGACCUGACAACGAUUGGCCUGGUAAUGCCACUGUAGUGCCACAUAUUAUCUUUGGUCUACAUUGCUUGAACUGUAAAGGCCAUUGCAUACAAAAUCGGAUAAUUGUUUUUGGUGUAAUUAAUACGCAUGUGAUGUGCAGACGUCCUAGUAGUCUCACAGGGCUGACGUGAUCUCAUAACAAGAAUACACAUCAGGGGACAAAUUCCUCUAGUCUGUGCUCUUUAAACGUCCUGUAUACAAUAAUAACAAGCUAGCUAAAUCUGUAGCUAAUGGAACUGUGUUUUUCUCGCAAGAGGUAAUGUUUAAGUUUAGGAUAACUUGCAUUACAUCCAUGAGCCAAAACCAGGCUUUGCUGUCCAUUAGACAAUGUUGAACGCAUUAUCAACACACUUUCAGCUCCACCUUCACAAGGAGUUGGAUUGAUUUAAAAACGCCCCACUCAGUCUGUUCCAGCCCAAAUAAGUGUACGUUCCCAACCACAUUUAGCCCGAAAUUUAUCAUGGUUGUUCCAAGACCUUCUCAUUAUGAAUCACAUUUUGCCCCGUGAGACUAGGGCAUCCGUCAUCAAAAAAAAACAGUAUCCUUCAGAAAGUAGAAAAUGAUGGUAGUUCCAGUGAAGGCAAGUUAGCAAUUGUCUUCAUUUGCAAAUACAGAAAUAGGGAGAGUCAUCUUUGGACCCAUCUGGUAGAAAGAAGUAUGGUCUACACUAGAAAUUGGCAGCAAUAGAUUUAAAAAAAAAAAAUCUGCCAUUUGGGUUGCCAGGUUGUUCAGAAGUUCCAUCAGUAGCCAUUGUUAUCUGUAGAUCAUGUAUAGGCACAGCAGGUGUUUUCUUGUUUUUUAACUGGCAAGUUUAAAUGGGCCUACAAAAAGGCAAAAAAUGCAGUUUGGUUUGAUGUAACAGCAGUGUCAGAAUGGCGUUGUGCAAGUUUUGUUUAGAAUUUGUGCAAGUUUUUCAGCUGUAAUUUGUGCAAAGGCCUUAAGUCAAAUUUCUCAACAAAAUAACGCCUCAAGGAACAUGCACUUCUGCAUUUUGGGUAAAUUUGCAUAAUGUUUUAAACAUAUUGCAAACUAGCCCUAUGAUUUUUUUUUUUCCCCCAAUCCUCCUGAAAGCCUGAAUUUCAAUAAUUAAGUUAAUGUAUUGUCAUUUGGAAAGAAGAUGGCCUUCAUGCACCAACCAAUCCAGAGCAGACAAGUCUUGAUAGAAAUAUGCCAUGUUAUGGAAGGAAAAAAAAUCUUUAAAUUGUUAAAAUUGACGUUGACUUGAUAGUGAUUUUUGAGGUAAACUUCGGUGCGUGUUUGUCAAAAGAGGGCAUUAACAUUCUAAUAACCAUUUCUUUGACACUUGAAUGCUUCUUAGAUGCUCACCCAGUCAAAAUAUUUGCAUACUGCAUAUAUGUGCUAGCUUGCAUGAGGGUUUUUAAAGAUUACUCUGGUGUUGGCCAGUCAGCCAGGCAUGUUUGAUUGUCCUAACAUUGGCCAGCAAAACUGAACCCUCUACCAGAGCCAAUUCAUGAGGAGCCUGCCCACUUCCUAUUCAUUCCUUUAUACCAAAAACAUCACUGAAAUCUUGAGAGGGUUCUCAAUGAAUAGGAGUGAAUUUAGCUAAUUGGAAAAUUAGCUAAAUUCUGGUUGGAAAUGUUAAAUGUUUUUCAGGUUUAUCACGGAAGAGCAUUUAAUUUUAGGAAAUGAUAAGUUUGUUAAAAAAAAAAAGAACUUCAUAUCUUACAGCGGAUUCUGUGUUGUAGGAUACCAGCAAUGAUGUAUUCUUAUUUAUUCUGUUUAUUAAAAGGAAGGCAUAAAAGGAACAUUUUACAAAUUACAAUUUUGCACAAAAGCUCUUUAGGUCCCCAUUCAUUCUUGCUAGCAUCUGUUCACCCUAGAAGACAAUGUUAAGUGGGAAUUCUUGUUAAAUAGAAAUUCUAACUGCUUUAAGUUUUUAUUUGCUGUGUUUUCCUUUAGCUUUUUGAAAUGAAAUGACAACUUAGAGAAGUGUUCAUUUUCUAUGACAAAUAGAGAAGUUUUCAAAAUGCAAGUUGGCUAGUCAUCUGUAAUUGUUUUGUAGGAAUGCACCGAUGAGGAAAUCUUAGUUUUCAUGUACAUAUCUGCUGUUGCCGAUACAUAAACUCAUUCGCAAAAUACAAAAACUAGGACUGAAUUUGCAUUACAGAGAAUUGUAAUAUUUAUUUGUAUAGAUUUAGAAAUGUAGUAAAAUAAAUGAAAUGCAGACAUUUAGCACAGCAGCCCAGCAUUGCUUAUGUUCCAAUAGAACACAGUGUAAAUUAUGAAAAGCUUUUGUAUGAUACUAAAAUUGAGUGUUAUACAUCCAGUAAAGUCUGAAUUAAAAAAAAACAUGGCUUUUUUUCUGAGAACUGUCUGGGCAUCGCCCUAAUGCUCUGAUGCCCAUGCAUCAGCCUUGUGAUUGGUGAGGACCCUGCUCAUGUAAGCACUACCCAAGAUCAGCCUUGUCCAUUUUACAAGAGAGGAGAAUGUUGGUAAAACACGGUGGCCAUUUAUUGGUUCAUAGCACAGAUUUUGUUCAUGUAUAUUGUGUGACCAGAAGAGCAAGAAUAACCUACUUGGAAAGAAAACAUGCCCUCUAUUUCAGUAUGGGUUUCACCAAGUACUCGUCCCAUUGGCCUCAUCAUUUCCCCUCAGGGGAUUCCCCAGUGCCAUCUUAAGGGCUGUUCCAUUACUUAAUGUGCUCAAGUGAAGCAUGUAAGAUCAGCCCUCGGAGGGAUGAGGGAUCAAGCAAACAUCAGUGUCGACUUCAGCAGCAGAACUUGCCCAGAAAUCGUUGAGCCCUGACUCAUUUCCCUUUCGAAACCCAAAAAUGAUGGACAAAGCUAUAGAAAUGAACUCAUUUAAAAUGCUUAGCAUUUCAAAACCAUGUCAUUCGAUUAGCUGGGCUUUAAGCUACAAACUACUCUGUUAUACACGACUGUUGAUACAACUUAAUCCCUUUCAUCAAAAACUAAUUAUCUCACAAUUGUUCUUGAAAAAUUGGUCUUGUGGAGUCACAAGCAAAUCAUUCUCCA